GCGCGUGCGACUGCGCCACUCCGUGACUCGCGCCCGUCUCGCCCGCACGCGUCCACCGCGCCGCUCCAGCCGCACGCGCACCGACCGAUUAUUUAGAAUACGAAAAAGGAGGGAAGCUUAGGAAAACGCCAUAAGAAAGGAAGGAAAAAUGAAGAGUGCGAUUUACUUACUGGCCUUACUAGCGGUAGCGGCGGCGGCGCCAGCGCCGCAGCCCGACCCCGAAGCGCAGCCCGACCCCGCCCCCGCGCCCGCUGAUGACAACAGACCAGAGAUAAUCGAAAUUAUUGCACCCGCCGCUAGUGCACAGGAAACGCUCGCCACGCUGAACCUCGGCGCCCCCGGCUCUGAGCUCAGCGAACGCAACAAACGUACUAUCGGCAUUUUGAGGCAACUGUUCCCCACUCUUACCCAGAUAAUCGAACAGAAGGUACAGGAGAUCACCAGCAUGGUGCUGAAGGUAUUCGGGCCAGUGGUGCUUCGGGCCUUCCUAGGCAACCGCAAUGGCGGUCGUAGCAACAGCGGUGGUGGCACCAUCGAUCUGGACGAUGAAGACGACGAUGACGACGACGACGACGACGACGACGACACUGUCACGUCUACCACCACGGCAGCGCCGGACAGACGCAAGCGGGCGCUAUUCUUCCUGCCGAAUGCAAUCGCCGACGAGAACCAGCUUCUUUCGGGAGCCGAGUCCCAGCAAGCCGAAGUACGCGUUGCCUUCGGUGGGGAUCAGGCGGCCAGUGAUGACCAGCAGACCGCUGCGCAGACCAAUUCAGCCUCGAUUGACGAGAUCACGUUGGACGAUGCUGACGACAGCGAAGAAAACAGAAACAAAAGAUUCCUUAACUUUGGAGGAUCAAGUUCGAACUCAGGAGGAGGCGGCUCCGGCAACUUCUUAUUUGACAUCGUCAGACGUCCUGCAGAAGUAGUGGCGCGCGCCGCAGGGUCCGCGUUUCGCCUUUUCGCGGGCACCGAUUCCCUCAACGUGGGCCUGACCGCCUCCCACUCCGCCACCCUGGACCCUAACGACGUUCCACAACUCGUAGCGGGUUCAUCGUCCGGAUCGUCGUCAGGCGACGCCGGCGCAGCGGAAGGGGAAGACAACGGCGGCCCGAAGGGCGACAACCUGACCGAAGGCGUCCCCGGCCCCAUCACACGUCUCUUCAUCAUCGCCAACCGAGGCAUCGCCAACCUCAUCCAGGACCUCAUCCUUCGUAUCGCGCAAACCUCCGAGAGGAUAGUCAACUUCAAGGCGCGAUUGAUCACCUCCAUCAUUUAACGCGUCUGCGUUUAGUAUAAUAUCGAGAGGCUUCGGUCGACGCGCUCUCGUAUCGCGGCUCGGAUGGACUCGUGUGGAAUCGAUUCUCACUAUCGGUUCCAUAAUGAAUACCAUUCCCGCUGUGAUACGAGUCGCGAAGUCGACCACAGAGUGUUACCGCGGCGAACACUCUCGCUACUUGACUGAACACGAAAAUAAAGAAACCCAUUUCGGGUGCUUUCUAUCGUUACGAUUGUAUCGAUUGAAAGAUAAAAUUACAUUGUCUGACAAUUGCGGCCGCGUUCACACUUGAGACAUAAAUAGCGCAUUUGUUUCGAUGGUCGUCAGCAAUAUUUGAGUUAAUACAGCGCGUAGUUUAUUAUCCGCAGGUAUUCGCUGGGGCGGUAUUUAUGUCUCAUUUGUUAAAAUAGGAAAACACAUCUAGAGAGAGUUGUGUACUACUCGUAUUUAUUUGGUAAAAAUGCCUAAAAUAAAUAUUUAUUAAUGUUAUUCUUUUCUCUCUAAAUAAUAAAUAAUUUCAUGUUCAUUUUUCAUGCACGUUUUCAUCAAGUUAUUUUCUAAAAAGUAAAUUGGAUCUUAAACUCAGCAGACAACUUAUCAUGGCAAUAUAUUUUUAAGAUUGAGGUAGAGGGUAUAUUAAUACUGGUAGUGUUCGAUAUCUGAGAGAAUUCGCCACUUAUUGGCGUCGAAGCAAAUUGACCUGUAUUUAUUUAUGAGGCUUAACACCUAUGAGUUGCGAAGAGUCCUCAGAUGAGCUACCGUUUUAGGGGGCAGUAAACAGAUUUGUCCGGUCAACCAAACUUCGUUUUACUUAAUACAAAGUAGUUAAGUAACCUGACGGAUCGGAACGUUUGCGCUCAUCAUUGAAAGCCUUUGUAUCCAACAAAGCGGUGGAACAUUACCUUAUAUACUGAAGUUGGUUUUUGUGUGCACUUAAGUAGAGGGUGCGCCGCGGCCCAGUCUCAACUAACUAGUGUAGGUAGAUUUGAGGCGGCAGAGCCGUCUUGCUCAAGCUUUUUUUACAAUGUGACAAUCUCGAUUCGUUUUUACGUUUGUAAAUAUGUAUUAUAGCGGAAUUUGUGUAAAAUAAAUGAUUAGUAAAUAGUUAUUUUUGUUUUCAUGUAUGUUUAUUUAUUGAACACCUGUACAUAACUAUAAAAGCAUACAAAUCGAUUUGGUACUGAAAAAAACAAUCUUGAAAGAAAAAUGGUUUCGGGAACU